AUGUGCUCAAUCUUGAGGGCCACCAACCGUCCUGCUGCAUGGACUCUGGAUCAACCAGACUCUUCCACACAGACCGACGAGACUGUCAACUCAUGCGAGGUUCAGUCUUCCAAGAUUAACUUCUCCGAAUUUUCUUCCACUGGCUUUCAGAAAGUCUCUGAAAGUGUCACCGAUAACUUCGGAAUCGCCCUUUCUGGUGCCAACGUCUCACCUGACGCGGAUGUAGCCCAAUCCAUCGUCAAGAUUGAGGCGCGCUUUGAGAAUAAUGUGACAGGUGUUUCCGUCCGAAAGGUCAGCACCGGACUCAUUGUUAGUCCUGAUCUUGUUGUCACUGGAAGCGAGGCUGUUUUUGACGCCGAGUACCACCUUGGUGCUGCUAAGCAGGUCACUUGUUACCUGGGUCGUGGACGUGGGGCUUCUGACACCCAGACGCGAUACGGCCAGCGAGUUGUCUUUUCUGCCGAUUGGGCUGAGGAUUCUGGUAGACGCUCUCGGGACAUUGCUUUUAUCCAACUCACUCAAACUUCUUCUGUUACUACUGAGGAAGCUCCAGUUCAGGAACAACCUGUCCCGGUCCCCGCUUCGGAAGACUAUGUCAGCGACGAGACCCAAGUCCCCGAACCCACUGCUCAGCCUGAGCCGGAACAAAGCGUUGAACAAGUCGAGACUCCAGCUCCUGUCUGCGUAGAGCCUGCAGUACCAGAGCCCGAAUUCGACUUCCCUGCUCCUGCUGUCGAACCUACCCCCGAGCCCGUUCCCGAGAAUGAAUACGUCAAAGUCUCUGUUGAAGAAGAUAUCGAUCCUUUUUUCGAGACUAUCAAGACCAUCUCACAGAUCGACACCAAGACUCUCAACAUCGAAUCUUCACUCAUUGACGACGUCGGUCAAUUUGUCAGUGUCGCCGCUGGAGCUCUAGUCCUCCACGUCACUGGAGCAGAGGCUAUCUUGAGCGGCAAGUCCACCAAGAUCCCUGGUGUUGCUGAGCGUGCGCUUCUUGCCGAAGCUUCUCUCCAGGCUGUUCUCGCCAUUGAGCAAUCUGAUGAGCUUGACGAGAUUGUGGCAACUAUGAAACAGAACUGGAAUGCCAACGCCCCAGAAGUCGAUCAGCUUUCUGUUCUUCUCGCGCCUUAUCUGUCUGAAGCUGCUCGAUGCAUUCUUGAGUACUACCGGGAAGACGACAUCGCCCAGCAAAACACAGCUACGCCUAACAAGCGUCGCAACCUUGGUAUCCGACAGUUCUCAUUUGAUGAGAACACCAAGGCCUUUGUCAAGGGAAUCUUUGGACCUACCCUUGUUCUACCUGGUCGUCAGGGUGUAUUCUCCUCCCUUGGUCCUGUUCUGCGAAGCGCCAUCUCUGCUGUUGCACAGAUUGUAUCCGAGGCUGGAAAGGCUGCCGUGUCUGAGAUUACACCCAAGCUUCUUGGAAAGUACACUGGACCUACCCCAUCACCUGGUGAUGUCGAAGCCACUCGUGUCCUCGUCCAGCGUGCCAUCAUGGCAGAUGUCGCCUACCAGGCCCUUUCAACCCUUCCUCAACAGAAACUCCAGGCUUUGAAGAUCAUCCCUCUUGACGAUGAAAUUCCCCAGUGCGAUGUCAUCUUUGACUACAUCAAGUUUGUCAUUCAAAAGAUUGCUCCUCCUUGUCUUCAUGAUGCCAAGCAAGCUAUUCACAAGUUCAUGCCUCUUCUUCAAGGUCCUUCUACCAAGACUGCUCAGCCAGCUGUGACUGUUCCCGCCAAGGCUGGAAGCAGCAAGCUUGCUCUUCGCGAUUUCCUCAGCAACAAGAAGGGUUCUGUCAAGACUAUCUAA